GAUCCACCAGACUUUCAGAUCUGCUUCACUUUUGUUGAUUCUUGUACCCAGCCGGCGAGCUCCUCCGUCAUUUAUGGCUCUCCAUCCUCCUUCUCUCAGUCACCGGGUUUGAUGAGACCUAAUUUAGCUCAUUCAGUUUCAAUGGGCUUGGAUUCUUUUGAGUCUAUAAUUGUGCUCUCUUGUAGCGCCUUUAUCGCUUUGAUGCGAUCUUUUACCGCAAUAUGCGGAUUUUGUCUCGAUUUGUCUAGUCUUGUGUUGACAUCUUUACUUUGGCUGAGUGAUUGCCAGUUUCGAGUUCAAGCUCCUUCGAUUGUCCCCACCGCGAUUCUCUCCUCCGUCACCCCUGGAAGUCUUGAUGUCGUCUUAUGCAACCUCGCUCUCUCCGUGAACUCCUGGGAUUGGAUGGGCUUGGUUCAGCCUUGCGUGUCCUCAAGUGACAUGUAUGUUGCCUUCCCGUGUGCCCCGACUGCUGUAGGUAGCUCGUGGGCUGGAAUCGUCAUGAACUGCGUGUGCCAAAGGAUUCAGACCGGCUCUCUCUUCAACGGGCAACCCCAGCCCUCAUGGGCUCUCCUCCCUAUUUACAUGACGUCGAAAGGCCCUAGAAGAAGCGUUGGCGUUCUUUGUGUUGUUGAUGGGUUGUGUGCAGGACUAGGCCUCACGGAAGAGGACGGCUGGGUUAUAAAGUCCCAACCAAUCCAGCUAUCAUCACAAAAGGUGGAAGCGUUCUUGAGCUUCUCGGAUGCAGCAUGGUUACAAUCCUCGAUCUGCUGUGGGUUGGGCUGGUGUUUCAAGGACCCACUCAACGGAAAGAUCCACCAUGGAUCUUUUUCAAGACCCUUUGUGUCCUCUGUUCUUGUAACGGAGGCACUAGCUCUCAAGGCGGCUAUCAUGGCAGCUUUAACAUUGGGUGUAUCAAGGCUGGCUUGUAUUUCGGAUUGUCAGGAGCUUGUUCUUCUGGCCAAUACCGGUGGCCACGCAAACGAAGUAGAUGGCAUAUUAGCGGAUUUCUUUCGUUUUAUGUUUAUGUCUAGUUCUGUUCACUUUGUUCCAAGGGCUGAAAACUGUGGAGCUGAUGUUUUAGCAAAAGCUGGCCUAUUAUCCUGUAUUCCCUCCUCCAUAUCUGGAGUUUGAGUCUUUUUAUA